AAUCCCAUUUAGCACUUAGUGGAGUUGGGCUUGUCUGAGGAGCAGGUAAAAAAGACUUGGACUUAGAUCUAGUUGGGGGUCCAGCGUAGAACUCCUCCAUAGAACUCCACUGUAGAAGCGCCUGGUUUCUUUGAUUUAUUGUAGUCUGUAAAAAAAGUUGGGAAAGCGAAUAAGACCAAGGGAAAGAGAGAAAGAAAUACAGAUAGAGGAGCCAGAAGGAAGCAGAAGGGAAAGUAAAAAAUUACAAAAGGAGGACAGUAGUAGGACAGUUAGUUUCCCUUACCUCAGGAAGGAACAGCUUGAAAACAUGGGCAACAGCAAGAGCAGCGCCCUUUCCAAGGAGAUUCUGGAGGACCUAAAAAUGAACACCAAAUACUCAGAGGCUGAACUGUGUGCCUGGUACACCACCUUUCUUAAAGAAUGCCCCAGUGGGCGCAUCAGCAAGGAGCAGUUUGAGGGCAUCUACGCCAGCUUCUUUCCAAAUGCCGAUCCCACCGCCUAUGCAAGACAUGUUUUCCGCAGUUUUGACCUCAAUGCCGACGGCACGCUGGACUUCAAGGAAUACAUCAUUGCCCUACACCUCACCUCCUCAGGCAAAACCCUGCACAAACUCGAGUGGGCUUUUGCUCUGUACGAUGUUGACGGUAAUGGAACCAUCAGCAAGAACGAGGUCCAGGACAUUGUGAAGGCAAUAUUCAAUAUGAUUCCUGUUGAGGAUCAGAAAAAGCUUCCAGAGGAUGAGAACACACCAGAAAAGCGAGCAGACAAAAUCUGGAGCUUUUUCCAGAAGAAAGAUGAGGAUAAGAUUGCGGAGGGGGAAUUCAUUCAGGGAGUGAUGGGCAACAAAGACAUCUUGAGGUUGAUACAGUUUGAUGAGCCAAAGAAGAUUCAAGACAGGCUGAAGGAAAAGAAGCAGUAAUGCUCACACCACAAUCCUACGGGACUGUAUGAAAACUGUACACAUUUUCUCUUCAUACUUCUAACCUCCUAUGCUACUCAGACACUCUUCAACUCUUGAGGACCCAUUGUUCUUGUCCAUCUUUGUGGGGUUUUGUCUAAAACUUAUUACAUUGGGUUAGGACCCAAUGUAUUGACUUCACCGGGUUUUGUAAAUCUUUAGUAGUCUAAGCACUGAUGGUGUAAGGACCCAAUGCAUUGACCUCACCUGGUUUUGGAAAACUUCAAUCGUCCAAACAUUGAUGGGAUAGAACCCAAUGCUUUGACCUCCCCUGGUUUUGUAUAUCUUCAAUCGUUCAAACAUUGAUAGGUUAGGGCCAAGUGAGUUUACCUCACCAGGUUUCGUAUACCUUCAGUAGUCUAAAUAUUGAUGGGUAAGGACCCAAUGCAUUCAGUAGUCCAAACACCAAUGGGAAAGGAACCAAUGCAUUGACCUUACCUGAUUUGUUUAUCUUCAAACAUUCUCCAAACAAUUAUGGGUUAGGACCCAAUGCAUUGACCUCCCUGGUUUUGUAUAGUUUCAGUAAUCCAAUUGAUGGGUUUGGACCCAAUGCAUUGACCUCACCUGAUUUGUAUAUCUAUAAAGGCCAAACAUUGAUGGGUAGGGACCCAAUGCAUUCAGUAGUCCAAACAUUGAUGGGUUAGGACCAAAUGCAUUGACCUCUCCUGUUUUUUUAAACACAUUUAGUAGUCCAAAAAUGUAUUGUUUCAGGACCCAAAGCAUUCAGUAGUCCAAACACUGAUGGGUUAGGACCCAAUGCAUUGACCUUUCCUGGUUUUGUAUACCUUCAGCAGUCCAGACACUGACAGGUUAGGACCCAAUGCAUUAAACCUAACCAACCACUAAUCUCCGACAAGCCACUGUUAGCCACUGAACAGCAAUGGCCUUCGUCAACAUCAAAAGUCUCCACCAGGCGUUCCUCCCUUUGAAGCUCAGAUUUCUUGACCACUGAUGCUUCAUUCCCAUUCAUCUCCCAUUGGGUUACAGUGGCAUGAAAAGUAAGGCAAAGAGCUUCUGAUGAGAGGAAUUAGGCUCAUGUUAACAAUCCCUCCCUAGCGUAAUAAAUCCUCUUAAAAUCUGAAGGUCAGGGUAGGCAAAUCUUCAUGGGCCAGCGGAUCUCCUCUGGUCCCUCGUUCUCAGGGCUGUAGUGUGGACCUGGGUCCUCGGCAUUCAGGCACCAUCGACGCUCCUCAAAUGACACGUUACCUGUGUACCCAAUUUUUUUGUUUAUUGUAUUUUAUUUAUUCAGUUGUUUGCAUGGGGGCUUCUAAAAGCAGACCACAUAGUCCACAUAGUCCACGUAAUGCAGGACUCUCUACUGCUGCCAUUCAGUCACAUGACUUAUCAUGUCAUGUUUUUGCCUUUUAGAUAGCCACUCCUUGGAUGUUCCCUUUUCCCAUAAUUGUACGGUACCAUACCUUAUGUUUAUGGUUUCUAUCUGAGUAUGACUAGCUACUGUGUCUUUGCAGUGAAUAAAAAUGGUAAUGGUUACAAUCUUUUAUUCCUAACAAUUACAAACUGGUUCCUGUACAUGUUUAUCUUAUUUAAAUGAGAUUAUUUGGUAUUGUGCAUAUAGAGCAUAAGCUGUGUAGACAUUUCCAUGCUUUAAAAACUGACCAGCUAUUUGUGAUUGUUAAUGACUAGAGUACCUUUUUUAUUUAUACAUGUUUUUAAGCAUAUAUGCUAUGGGUGCACCAAAAUGAAAUUGGGGACGAAAACGAACAAAAUGACUUUUCAUAAAUUUUGGCACUAUUGUUUAUCACUAUUAAAUGAUAAAACUUUUGUUUAGAUUUUUUGUGCUUUUUUUAUAAUUUUGGUUGCUGAAUAUUUGGUGCAACCUGAAUAUAUGUAUAACAGAUAUAGCACAAUUAAUGCAUUAAUUUACAAAAUAAAUACAAAUGAUGUAACAUUCAAUAUCCCCAAACAUUAUGUAUGUAUGGAAGCCCAUUCCUGCCACUUAAAACAACAAAAAAAAACAUAUUUUAUAUAUUUCAUUAUUUUAAGAUGAGUCAAUGAUUUGAGAUGCUAAGUUGUAGUAUUUUCAGAUAUUGUCUCAUUAUUUUGAGAUACUCCAUCAUUAUAUUAAGGUACUACUUCAUUAUUUUGAGAUACUAAGUCAUUAUUUUUAUAUAGAGCAUAUUAUGAAAUGCUACAUUGUUUUGAGAUUUGAGAUUCUGUCAUUAUGUUGUCUAAGUACUGGACAAUAUUUUAUUAUCUAUCAACUUGAGAUUCUUUCAUUAUUUAGAGGUUAUUUUUAGAUGAGACGAUUUUUUGAGAAGUUUUUAUGAGAUACUAUUUCAUUAUUUUGUGGUACUAUCUCAAUGUUGUAAGAUACUAUUUAAUUGUUUUGUGACACAAAGUCUUGGUUCAAGGUACAUUAAUAUAAUGAUGUACUAUUUUAUUACUACUUGUAUUAUCACUAAGUAAUUCACAUGAUUUUUACAUGUCAUGUUAAGUGGUGGGAUUGCACUUCAAUAGUUAUGAGAGAUCUUCCCUCAGUCACAUCAUGCAUGUACAGUGUUACAGGUGCUGGUUUUUAUAUCUCCUCUGUUGUUGCAUGGUGGUCAUGUUGUCACAGCAAAUUGCCAGGGCUUUGGGGAGGGGUGAGAAAAGCAUGGACUUACCUCUUUCUAAAAGCCAUCUAAGGCUUUCUUUGGCUCAGGCUAAUGCAUGGCCUGGUUUCAGGCAUGGGACACUGAGCCAAUGGCCCGAGCUCUGGUAGGGUGGGGUGGGGCAGAAUUGCAACUGACCCCAAAGAGGGUUGGAGCCAAAAGGCUAUGUUUCAUCUCCUUAAAGGGAUCAGUCCUCUCCAAUCAAACUGGCUGGGUCAUUAGCGCAAAGGAAGACACGCCCAACAAACAAACAAACAUGAGCACCCAUGAGGUGAUGCUCGGAGCAAGUUCAAGAUCCAGUUAUGGUCCUGGUGGUGUGAUGUUCAAAUAAAUCUCUCUCACUCA